AUGCCGCGGGCCGAGGCCGAGGCCGGGACGCUCGGGGCUGAGGAGCCGCUGUCGCCGCUCGCCCGGCAGCGGAUGCAGGAGCACACACCUAAAGAAAACCCCAGUAUGAACUAUGUGUCAGAAAAAGCUGAACGAAGAGCAGUUUUCAGAAAACAAGUGAAAGUUCUUCUCACCCCGUUAUCCAUGGAAGAAGAGAAACGUAACAAACGUCCGCCCCAGAAACGCUUACUAGAAAAGUUUUCUAGUAAUGAAGGGCCUUCAGAAAGAGAACCAAAAGUCAAAAAAUCCCGUGGUGAUCCCACAAGUCAGCAAAUAAGAGAUGUAUCCUAUAAGGCUUCUUCCAGUCCACGAGGAGUAAUCCCCAGUAUGUCUUCACUUCAUAAUACAACUAGCAUGGUGUCACCCACAAACACCUCAGUUACAGUUGAUCAUGAUUCAGAAAACAAUUGGGAUACAGACAGUGAAGGAAGUAAUUCCAAUGUCUCUUAUCUGGAUGGAUCUUCACAGCUGUCAGCCUAUGAAAGAAAAAGACUAAAGAACAUUACAGAAAAUGCUAAUUUUUUUGCUUCUCUAAAGCUGCUUGAGUCAGCUGCAAGACUUCGCAAAAUGGCAACCAAAGGACAAUCUCAUGGAAUCAAAAGAGUUAAGCCCAAAAAGACAGAAGCUGAGACAGUACGUCGAAGAUCUAUGCGCUUACAAAGAGUAGAUCCAUCAGGAGUUCCAUUGCCAGAAAUUCCAGCACAGCCAGAACCAGUAAUUGAUGAAUAUCCUCAGUUGCCACCUGGACCUCUUCCAAUGGUACCUGCAAAUCAGAGUAAGAGCAGUGAAUUAACGGACGCAUUUCUGGAUACAUGGACAAAGAUAAGUCAGAUAAACCCUAAUGAUACCGAAAAACACAUAUGUAACUUAGAAAGAUACAAAGCCAGUCUGAGUCAUAUGAUCCUGAGUGAAGAUGCUGUUACAAAAGUUGUCAAAAAUAGAAUAUAUUCUGUGGCUAUCCAUCCUUCUGAAAGCAGGACCUUGGUGGCAGCUGGAGACAAGUCUGGACAGAUUGGUCUUUGGGAUUUGAACUCUAAAUCUGAAGAUGGAGUAUAUGUCUUUAUACCACAUAGUCAACCAGUAAGCUGCAUGUAUUUUUCUCCAUUUAAUCCUGUUCAUCUGCUAUCCCUGAGCCAUGAUGGAACAGUACGAUGUGGCGAUGUUACCAGAGCUGUCUUUGAAGAGGUGUACAGAAGUGAAGAAAACGGCUUUUCUUCCUUUGACUUCUUGGCAGACAAUGCCUCCACGUUGGUGGUAGGACAGUGGGAUGGUGACGUGGCUAUUGUGGACAGACGGACACCAGGAACUUCUUCUGAACUUACUGCAAACAUUAAUUCAAAGACAACAAGAACUGUCCAUGUUCAUCCAGUGAACAGACAGUAUUUCAUUGCUGCUGGUGCAGUGAAUGUUUGCAUUUUUGAUGCACGAUACCUGAAGUCUAAUGGAAACAAGCCCAUAAGCUUUCUCAGUGGACACACAAAGAGUGUUGCUUCUGCCUAUUUCUCACCUAUUACUGGUAACAGAGUGGUAACAACAUGUGCUGAUGAUAUGUUGAGAGUCUAUGAUACCAGCUCUUUAUCCUCUACGAUUCCUGUUCUCACUGCUGUCAGACAUAACAAUAACACAGGACGGUGGUUAACUAGGUUCAGAGCAAUAUGGGACCCUAAACAGGAAGACUGUUUUGUGGUUGGCAGUAUGGCACGCCCAAGGCAAAUAGAAAUCUUCCAGGACACUGGUGAACAGUUGCACUCUUUUUAUAACGUAGAUUACCUUGGCUCUGUUUGUUCCAUCAAUGCCGUGCACCCUACAAAGAAUAUCUUAGUGGGUGGUAACUCCAGUGGUCGUCUCCACGUUUUCAAGGAUUGAAAAGGUUGCUGAAUUUUUUUCCUACAUAAAGUAUGUUUGUUUCUCAGGACAAAAAUAUGCAUUAAAAGGUUUUAAAUUA